AUGGUAGGCAGUCUGUGUGCGCGUAAGUUGGCUCGCCGUUCACGGUCAGCAUUGAUAGCAGCGCUUACAGUAUUACUGGUACAAACACUCAUUGUAUGGAACUUCAGUAGCUUAGACUCCGGUGAAGACAGGGAAGACGGUGGCAACGGCAGAGAAAAGAGGGACCGAAUCGGUAUCAACAAAGCCUACAGCGAGUAUCCAAAAAGCGGUUUCCAGAGAAGACAUCAUCAGCCUCCGCUUGGAAAAGCAGCUGUGCGGCAUAAACAGCAUCCGGAUGGCUACCAUUCCCACCGGCCCAAGGAGAAAGUCCGCGUCGACAGCAACAACGAGAACUCGGUGCCCAAAGACUUCGAGAACAUAGACAACAGCAAUUUCGGAGCGCGGUCGCAGACACAGAGGCACGCGCUCGAUAAGCACAAGAAGGGACUGCUGGAGAAAGCACAAGCGCAACAGGGCGUCGCCAAGGGCUCCAACGAGGUCAUCCAGUACGCCCAAGCCAAGCCCGGGCACAACCGCACGUCGGCGCGGGCCGACCGCGGCCAGGGGGCCGGCGGCCCCGCCCGUCACCCCCAGCCGUCUCAGCAGCACCAUCACAACCUCCAGCAGCAGGCCAAGAAGUCCACCACCCCAGCCCCAGACCUCAAGUACGACCAACCUCCCAAAUGCGAGAUCAGCGGAAAGGAGGCCAUCUCAGCCCUGUCGCGCGCCAAGACCAAGGAGUGUCGGCAGCAGAUAGCGGAGGUGUACUGCCGACACAAAGAACGCCAGCUCAUGCCCGAGAAGGUCACUCGCUACUGCCCCCUGGAGGGCAAGGCCAGCGUGAACGUGCAGUGGGAGGACGACUCCAUGGAGACCAUGCCCGCCGUGCCCGUCAGAAUUGCCUUUGUGCUGGUGGUUCACGGUCGGGCAUCGCGCCAGGUUCAGCGCCUCUUCAAAGCCAUCUACCACACUUCCCAUUUCUACUACAUCCAUGUGGAUCAGAGAUCAAACUACUUGCAUAGGCAGAUGAUCGCUCUCGCAACCAGUAACCCCAACGUUCGCGUGACACCCUGGCGUAUGUCCACCAUCUGGGGUGGAGCCAGUCUCUUAAGCAUGUACCUGCAGAGUAUGAAGGACCUUCUGGCCAUGAAAGACUGGCCCUGGGACUUCUUCAUCAACCUCAGCGCCGCCCACUACCCAAUCAGGACUAAUGAUCAGCUGGUAGCUUUCCUUUCCAAAUAUCGGGACAUGAACUUCAUUAAAUCUCACGGGAGAGACAAGCGCGCCUUCAUUCGAAAGCAGGGUUUGGAUAGGCUGUUUUUUGAAUGCGACACCCACAUGUGGCGCCUGGGAGACAGGAAGAUUCCGGAAGGCAUCUCGGUGGACGGAGGAUCGGACUGGUUCCUGCUCAAUCGCGUGUUUGUGGAGUACGUCAUCAACUCCCAGGAUGACCUGGUCACCAAUAUGAAACGCUUCUAUGCCUACACGCUCUUGCCAGCCGAGUCUUUCUUUCACACAGUAUUGGAGAACAGCCCUCACUGUGAGAGCAUGGUGGACAAUAACCUCCGCAUCACCAACUGGAACCGAAAACUGGGCUGCAAGUGCCAAUACAAACACAUCGUGGACUGGUGUGGCUGUUCCCCCAACGACUUCAAGCCCUCUGACCUGCCUCGUUUUCAGCAAACCACCAGGCCCACAUUCUUUGCUCGUAAAUUCGAGGCUAGCGUCAAUCAGGAGAUCGUCAACCAGCUGGACGCCUUCCUUUUCGGCAGCCUGCCCCCGGGAACGCCGGGACUCAAGGCCUACUGGGAGAACGUGUUUGACGAAGCCGACGGCACUCACAGCCUGUCCGACACCCAGCUCACCCACUACCACGCCUUUGCCCGCUUAGGCCUGUCGCGGGCAUCCGGUUCGCUGCAGGGCGACCCCACCGACAGCAGCUGCAGGUAUUUCGCCAUGGGGCAUCCCACGUCUGUCCACAUCUACUUCCUGUCGGACGAGUUUCAGGGCUAUCUGGUGAAACAUCACGCAACCAACCUAAAAACCAGCAAACUGGAGACCCUGGAGACCUGGGUCAUGCCCAAGAAGUUCUUCAAGUUCACCAACUCUCCUAGCAGCUUUACCCGCCUGCAGUUUGCUGAGAUUGGUACAGAUUGGGAUGCCAAGGAGAGAAUUUUCCGGAACUUUGGAAACCUGAUGGGUCCGACGGACGAGCCAGUCGGGAUGCAGAGGUGGGGGAAGGGCCCCAACGUGACGGUGACGGUGGUGUGGAUCGACCCAACCAACGUCAUCGCUGCCACCUACGACAUCCUGAUCGACGCCAGCGCAGAGUUCACACAUUACCGACCCCCCCUCAACCUGCCCCUCAGGCCAGGAAUAUGGACGGUGCGAGUCCUCCACCACUGGAGCCCGGUGGCUGAAACCCGAUUCCUUAUCUCCCCUCUCACCCACCACAAACACCUGCCAAUCCGCCAAGAGGAUGCCUUGAAAGUGCACAACGGCCCAGCCAAGAACAGUUACAUGGAGCAGAGUUUCCACGGCCUGAACCCCAUCCUCAACAUCCCCGUGCAUCUGGGCCAGGUGGAGGCGGCGGAGCACAAUGCCGGCCUGACCGGAGCUCAGCUGGAACGCUGGGUGGACAGCCUGGUCGGCGAGGUGUGGUCGGCGGUGGACAUCUGUUCGACGGGUCCCAGCGGCUGUCCGGUCAUGCAAACGUGUCGGGAGAUGGGCUGGAGCUCCCUCAGCCCGGACCCUAAAUCCCAACUGGGUCCGCCCAGAGCCAAUGGCCGCAUUAGGUAG